AUGGGUCAGCGGACUGUGGGCGCUGUCCGGCCGCUGGAUGUGGAGAUUCUUGGCUCGUCCAGGGCGUCUAUGCAGUCGGGCAUGCUGUACGCGCUCGUGUGCCGCACGUACGGCUCCAGACCGCCGGCCAACAUCUCCUGGUGGGUUCAAGACCGGCGCGUUCUGGGAGCCCAGCUCACGGAGUCCGGACUGGGCAACAUCACCAGCAGCACGCUGCCCUUCAAGCCGCGCCCCACCGACAACGGCAGAGAGAUCACGUGCAGAGCGGAGAACAGCCUGGUCUCGGGCGGCACGAUCGAGGAUAAGAGGCUGCUCAACGUCAGGUUCCCGCCCAUCAUCAGUUUGCGGCUCGGUAAUGCACUGGACGCCGAGAACAUCCGGGAGGGUGCCGACGUCUACUUCGAGUGCAACGUCCGGGCCAACCCGGCCGUCUACAGCACCGUCUGGUCACAUAACGAGAGGCCGGUGCGGCCGAGCCCGCGCGCCGGCGUCAGCGACAUGGUCAGUAUCAACGAGCGCAGCCUGGUGAUCCGCAACCUGAGCCGCCGCUCGGCCGGCGCGUACCGGUGCCGGGCGGCCAACCCGGAGGGCGAGGCUGUUAGCCGGCUCGUCCACCUCAGCGUCAAGUACGCGCCCGUGUGUGUGUCGGGCCAGAAGAGCCGGUACGGCAGGGCCCGGAACGAGGCGGCGCGCGUCACAUGUCAGGUGGAGGCCAGUCCGGCAGACGUCAUCUUUAGGUGGCAGUUCAACAGCUCGGCAGAGACGCUCGACCUGCCAUUCUCACAGAUUGUCUCACGGGGCCUGGAAAGCCGCUCCUCCUACACGCCCAAGACGGAGCUGGACUACGGCACGCUGCUCUGUACGGCGGAGAACGACAUCGGUCCCAUGGUCAAGCCCUGCGUCUUCAACAUUGUUCCUGCUGGUCCUCCGGAGCCGUUGCGGAACUGCACCGUCAUCAACCAGACGUCCGACUCGCUGGAGGUGAAGUGUGCGGCCGGCUUCGACGGCGGUCUGCCGCAGUACUUCGUGGCCGAGCUGUUUGACGUGGCUGGCCGGCGGCUGGUACGCAACCUCACCCGGCCCUUCCCCCACUUCGCGGUGCUGGAGCUGCCGCCGGGGCUGGAGCUGCGGCUCGAGCUGUACGCGGCCAACAGCCGCGGACGCAGCCGAGCCAUCACGCUGGACGGCUUCACGCUUAAGGCGGCCGAGAAGCGCAUCAGCAGCAGCAGCGGCGGCGGCGGCGGCGGCACGGACCAGCCUGCAGAACCGGCGGAGGAGCAGCGGUUCACUGUGACGCCGAUCCUGGGCGUCCUGAUCGGCAUCGUGGCCUCCCUCAUCAUUGUCGCCAUCGGCGUGGUGGCGUGCAUCAAAGGCAGCAGUCGAAGCCGAAGAAAACCGGCGGUCCAGACGCAUCUUUUAAACUCAUCCGUGAAAGUCAAGCAGAGAUCGGCGGCUGUUGACGCAGAGGUCGGAGCUAAGCUCUACGACACGGACCGGAAUCCGGACGUCGUACCGAACAUGUCCGCGUCCAGUUACGAGCCAGUGCCGACGCCACAUCUGCUGAAUCACCUGAACGUGAAUUCAACGAGGAGACAUUCUCUUACGUCAGGCCUCCUUCCCGGCAGCCCCCACAAGGGCAAUGUCAUCCAGGAAAGCAUCAACGAUGGGGACCUGACCCUGACGAGGCCGGGCCGGGACGGCAGGGGUGCAGUCCUCACGUUCGGCACCUUCAACCCGCGACGGCACACCAUGGUGCGGACGCUCCCUAGAAACGACCGAGAGAGUGUGGUGUAGGACGGAGUGCGGUGCAGGGCAGUCGGCCUUACCAUUGAUGACCGAGAGAGUGUGGUGUAGGACGGAGUGCGGUGCAGGGCAGUCGGCCUUACCCCUGAUGACCGAGAGAGUGCAGAUAAGGCACUGAGCCUGGCCGGUGGUGACCGGGAGUUCGGUGAGGCAUGACCAUCCUCGCCGGUGGUGACCGGGAGUUCGGUGAGAGGUGGCCAUCCCCGCUAGUGAUGACCGGAAGUUCGGUGAGGGGUGGCCAUCGUCGCCAGUGGUGACCAGGAUUUCGGUGAGGGGUGGCCAUCGUCGCCAGUGGUGACCGGGAGUUCGGUGAAAGGAAGCCAUCCUCGCCAGUGGUGACCGGGAUUUCGGUGAGGGGUAG